GCCUCAGGCACCAUCCACACGCACCAGCAGCACAUGGAAAACUAAUAAACCGACGAGCUCGCAGCCUCGCAUCGCUAACCCUAAACCCCCAAUCUCCCGACCUCCCGAUCCCGAUCUCGCCGCCGCCGCAGCAGCGACCACGGCGCUCACCGGCCGCCGGGCUCGCUGCGCGGCGCCGCCCCGCCGCCGUCUCCGUCACCCGAGAUAUCUGGGUUGUGGUAGCUAACACAGCUAUUUUGCUGAGAAUCUUGGGAGUUUUGAAAGGAGGUUUCAUAAUGGAGUUCUCAAAGCAAGGACAGGCACCCAUGUCAACCAACAUGGGAUCUCAACCUCUGCCCUCUUCAAAUGGCCAAUCUAAUCAGGCCGAGUAUCCCUCUAUCUUUUAUCCAUCCUUGCCUGGUGACUGGGGCGUACAACCGAUGUUCUCUAUGGGAGCUUCGGUACCAAUUAGCUCAUAUUAUAUUGUUCCUAUGAGUCAACAACCAGUCCAAGCUUGUGCCUCCAGGCCAGAGGCUUCACGUCCUUUGGGGGCACAGCCUUUACUGAGUAGAGUAUCAUUGAGGCCACCCCAGCAGGUGCUAAAUAUUCAAACAUCUUUGCCAGCAAUGGUUGGAUCACAACCCUCGCCAUCGUUUGCAGGCAGGAAAUUGCAGCAGACAGUUGCUUCUCCAAAGGUUCAAAUGCUAAAAUCUACACCGUCACAGUCAUCUAGUAAACGUUCUGCACAGAGGGAACCACCAUCAAAAGUCCAACCUCAGCAACUUGAAUCUGUGAGGUCCAAGUUCAGGGAGUCACUUGCUGCUGCACUGAGAAUGGAUUCUGAUCGGCAAAAUAAAAGUCAAUCUCCUGAGAAUGUGCAGCCUGAUGGGUCUGCAGACAAAAUGAAACCUGUGGAGGGAGAUGCAGUACAGGAUCCAGUGACAAUCACAUCAAUAGAUGCAAGCACAACCAAUUCAGUUGUGGUCACAACUGUAGCUGCCAAGAUAUGCGAGGAAGAUGAGAAGUUAAACAGUGAUUUAGUUUCGAACAUGAUCACAAGCACAAAUGAUGACAAGCAGCAACAGUCAAACCAUGCUUCUUCAGAAGAUGUAUUAUUGGGUCAAUGUAUGGUUGUUGCAGAUGAGCUUUUGCAAGGUCAUGGACUUAGUUGGGUUUCUGAUUUUGAUGCUGGGGUUUCUGAACCUAAUACAGAACCUAAUUUAAAAAGGCCGAGAACUUCUGAUGUGAACCCUGAGGUUACAGAAUCUCUGGCAGAGUCUGAGUCAAAAAGAAUAAAGGCUGCCAAUGAGGCAGCGAUAGAUAAGGAUAGCCUUAUUGAAAAGGCUGAAAGUUUGGCAUAUAGAAUUGAAGAGGAGCUGUUCAAAUUAUUUGGUGGAGUUAAUAAGAAGUAUAAGGAGAAAGGUAGAUCUCUUUUGUUCAAUUUGAAAGACAAAAGCAAUCCUGAGCUGCGAGAGAGGGUUUUGUCUGGAGAUAUUGCGCCUGAACGCCUCUGUUCAAUGACUGCGGAGGAACUUGCUUCCAAGGAGCUCUCAGAGUGGCGGUUGGCUAAAGCGGAAGAGUUUUCACAAAUGGUUGUCCUUCCUAAUACUGAAGUUGAUGUUAGGCGUUUGGUUAGAAAAACACACAAAGGAGAGUUCCAAGUUGAAGUAGAAGAACCAGAUGGUAUGUCGGUGGAGGUUGAGCUUGGGGGUAAUCUUACUAAUAUUCCGUCAAAAGCUGUCGAAGAUCAGACCAAGUCCAAUGACAAAACAAGUAACGAUGGUAAAGAAGGUGUUCAAGAAAAAGACAAGGCAUCUGAUAGCACUUCGCAAGAUGAGGAUGGUGGGACAGACAACAAUAAUUUGUCAGGUGAUCUGGAAUAUAUUGAUAACGAGAAAGCUGAUAUCAUGCAGGAUCUUAUUUUGGAUGACAUGAAAGACGCAGAAAAUCUUCCACCAAUUCCUUCGUUAGAUGAAUUCAUGCAGGGCUUAGAUUCCGAGCCACCUUUUGUUGAUCUCUCAGUUGGGACACCGCAAGAAGAUGGUAAUGAUUGUGAGGAACCUGACACCACCUUGGAGUCCAAGAAACUUCCUGAGAUAGAAAAGGCUUCUGCACCAGAGAAGACUACAUCUGAAUCUGAUAAGCCAUCUCCACAGGUUAACAGCAAGCCCAAAUUAGAGUCACCUGAACAUGCAGCGGGUCUGAAUUCAGAUCUUACCGAACCACACAAAGGAGAGCUGAUCAAAUCCUCUCCUGGUAAAGAUGGAGCCAAGAAAACAUCUACUGAUAGUGUUUCUAAUCCUGAUUCUAUGCUGCACAGUAAGGCAACUACUAUUCCUAUAGUACGUGAGAGUAUAUGGGAGGGUGCAAUCCAACUGACAAUGUCUUCACUCACUAAUGUUGUUGCCAUCUUCAAAAGUGGUGAAAAGCCAUCACUAAAAGAGUGGCGCAGCUUUGUUGAGAUCAAGGGGAGAGUUAAACUCAGUGCUUUUCAAGAGUUUGUCGAACAGCUUCCCAAAUCUAGAAGCCGUGCUAUAAUGGUAACUGAGCUGUGUUGGAAGGAUGGUUCUCCGGAGAGUGGUCGCCAACAUCUCUCGCAGACCAUCGAUUCAUAUAUUUCAGAUGAGAGAGUAGGAUUAGCUGAACCUGCAGAUGGAAUAGAGCUGUACCUGUGCCCUUCUCAAGGGAAAACCGUGGAGAUUCUCUCUCGGCACUUGCCAAAGGAGCAUUUGAAGAGCCUUGCUGUGGCAGGAACAUCUUUCAUUGGAGUCGUCGUCUGGCGGAGGCCCAAUGUUCCUAGGGUACCCUCACACCGUAGACAUGAUGGUUCCAAGAGGCAGUCAAUCCUUGGGAAACCACAUGUUACCAAUUUGGCCCCUGGGCCCUCCUUGCCUCUGAACUCAUAUGGUGCACCACCAGGCUUUCCCAAUCAGCUUCACCACCACGAGGAGGAUGUAACUGAUGAUGCCCCUCCGGGCUUUGGCCCUGGUGUUGCUAAGGAUGAGGACGAUCUUCCUGAAUUUAAUUUUGUUAACUCGUCAAACCCUGCUGCUAAUGUAACUGCACAUGCCUACAAGGGCCGGCAGCAUGUACCAACCUCUGCUCGCCCAGCAGAGCAAAUGAGGGAACUGGUUCAGAAGUAUGGUAAAAGAUCAUCUGUUCAAGCCCAUCCCUGGGAUGAUGAUGACGAUGAUGAUGAUAUACCAGAAUGGAACCCCAACCAGGCUAGUUACCAGCAAAUAAGGCAGCCACCGCUGCCACCCGCCCCACAGCAACUGCCAUUGCCUCCACCACCUCCCGUUCAGCAAGUGCGCCCCUAUCACCAGCAGCAACAGCAGCAUUACCUCAGUCCAAACGCACUGCAGCCUCAGGUGCCAGUCAGUCCACUGCCCCAGGCUUACCUCCGGACCCAGCAACUCCCUUCGCAGCAGCACCAGCCUGUGCAAGCCUGGCAGCAGCCGAAUGCUUGGUGGCCGGCUCAUGGCGUGGCUGGCACCGCCGCUGCACCGGUGGGUAACAAUGUACAGCAACCGCAGUAUGGUGUAAUGCCCAGCAAUGGCAGCGUCCAGGGCUAUGACGCUGGCAGCGCGGGUGGUUUGGCAUGGAGACCGAGAUAGAACAUUGUAAAACUCAUUUGGUUUUCUUUGUAGCUGCUAGCGUCACUUGUAGGGUGUUUUUUGUUCGCCAUUCAUGUAAGUAUCAGUGGUGUACACCCGUACAAAGGAUGUAAUCUGGAUAGACUAAAUAGUUGCGGUUGUAAUCGAAACCUUAGGACUUCUUUUGCCUAAGUUUUGAACAAUAGUUACUCGUCGGUUCAGCCUGUGCUCGUAGGCACUGCGAACAACAACAAUAAUGUACCGCAGGACUGAAAUUUUCGAAACCUUGUGCGCAUCAAAACUUGCUCGUUUUAAACCCU